AAAAAGAACUGUCUGCGCAUUUGGCUUAGCGUUUAUAAAUUUGUAAGAAGAAAUAAUGGAGCAAUUUAAAGAUAAGCUCUACACUCAAGGUGAAAUACAUCGUUGAAGUGGACGGAAACGUUGUUUGACAAAUCAAAUAGAUUAUCUGUUACCACAAGUUCGAGAAUCACCUGCAAGAAACUUUAUUAGAUUUCACCUUUUGUCUUAUUCUUAUUCAUUUAUGCUGUAGAAUUAUUUUUCAUGGUAGCAAACGACAUGACCUUCAUUAUGAAGUAAACAAAAACAUGUUUCCCCACGGCUCUACAAUGUUGAUUGCAUCAAAUUAUACCUCUACAAUGAAUCGUUGCAUAUUUAAGUUUGAUUUAAAUUUUAGAUGGCGAUUGAAAUUUAUAAGCAUUUAUCAUUUUGCAGUAGGAUAAUGCCAACAUACAUUAAAUUAGAUAGAAAGUAAUUUUUGUUUCAAUGUAACAUCGCUAUAUUCUUCGGGUUGGUUUUGUUUACAAUGCUUCCCUUAAAGGCCUAGUUUAAGCCUUCUAUAAGUGACCCCCCCCCCCCCCCCAUCAAAUCGGUGUAUAGUACACAGUACACAACCUCUGUUUAUUGAUCUUUAUCUAAUUGCCUUGUGCUGUCUUGUCAGAUGUCUGUUCUGAGUAUCCUGCUGUGCAGUUUUAGAGGUUUAUUAUAGAAUUGGACUCUUAAUGGUCCUGAGCCAAUUAACAAAUACACAGGAAAUCGGUCUCUACUGUGACACUAGUGCAAUUAGCAGGAUAUGCUCAGCAGGGGAGUAUCAUGCUAAACAUUCUUUAAACUAGGCCUUUAAGCUCGAUUGGAACGAUACCCGACAGCUUUUAUGGUCACUCCCGUGUCCGUUCCUUUAGCAGAAACUAGUACUGGCGUCCAUUUUGAAAGGCAAUGAGAAAGUAUCCAUGGUGGGAAUUAAACCCACAGCUUCUUGGGUAAGAGGCCGGUUGGUUUGAUGAAAUUAUACACUGUCGUACCUUGGGGAAACUUAUUUCGGAGUAUUUUCUAUUGUGGGUGUGCUUAAGUUUUUCUUUGAUAUAUUUUUAUCUUUUAAAACAUAAUGGCAUCGUUAACGAUUAUGAAGGUUUUUGCAUUUGUUAGCAUAUUAAUCACUUGCAUCCUGUGUGUAUCAUUUGUAUCAAUAAUAAGCUCAUUGGCAAAUAAAGUGAGUCAGAGAGCAAUUAGGUAUGCAACUAACAUGUGCGUGUCAUGUGAUGAUUUGCAAAGUUUCCCUGGAUUCCCCGCUGUUGCAUCUGAAGACAUCGACAGAUUACGGUCUGCGAAUAACAUGUCCUCAUGUUGUUCUUUAACUAACGAAAUUCUGAGGAUUCAAAUUCAGAAGAAGAUGGAUGAGCAGGUUUACGAAUACAACUCUGGUUUAGCUGCAGAAACAAUAACGAAUAUCUUGGGUAAAGACAACUGUGACUUAGUUCAUCUGGACGAAAAUGUGCCGCGAGCAAAAGUUGUUGGCGUUGUUGACCACGUCAGGUCUUCAUUUCAAACUGACCUCCGGAAAGUUCGGUGGAAGAAGAACGGUGCUUCAGCAACAUAUGGGGAUAUAACACACUUGGAAGAAGAAGGAGAGAUAUUCAUCAGACAGUCCGGUACAUACGUUGUACUGUCAAAGCUAAGGAUACAUCGAGGUCCGUCUGCACCGUUUACAGACAACUUUUCCCACGUGUUGUACCGAUUCUCACAUAAGUAUGGAUCGGCAACUGUGCCCAUGCAGAGAAACAGAACAAUGUGCCACGCAAGUGAUGAUCAAUACGAUAGUUUCAUAUCAGCGGUUUUUCGAUUUCACCAAUACGAUCGCAUAUCCAUUCACACGACACACGCACAGAAUUUACAAAUCAACGACACGGAGAACUUCUUUGGUGUGUUCUUUACGUAUGACAUGUACUAAAGUUGCAAACACAUUCUUUAGCGUUAGACGUACACAUAUAUGAGUAAGGACGUUUUGUUUUAAGAUAUUUUUGGGCAAUAGUUAUAACCAGCAGAAAGUAUGUAUCAAGCGACUUAUUAUAAGAUAAUAAUUAUAACUGUUGUUUGGAGUUACAUUGUCAUAAUGUGUGAACGUUCAUAAUAAAUUGAUCGAGUUGUUUUAAACAAUAGCUUGUACUACCAAGAUAUUUUCUAAAAAACGUUAAUAAUAUUAAUUGAGAAGAUGUCGUUUUUGUUCCUGCUGUUGAUUUUGUAGAUUUUCUAUGUUAAACAAAUCGUUUUCUUUGUUUGUCACUUAUUUUUUAAUAAAGCAUGUACACUUA